CGCGCCUUCUCUAUCGUUGCUUUGCUCUAUCUCUACCGUUCCCUUAUCUUGCUUCAAAAGUUCUGCUCUUGCUAUAGAGUAUCGCCUAUCUGUGACUUCCAUCACCUCACCCACCCCCCCGCCCGCCUCCGCGUACCUCACCGCUCCUACCCCUCCUUCCUGAGUCUGUAUCAGGAAUAUACUGCCAGAAAGUCUUGCUCUCAGCGGCAGGACUUUCAUCCACAAGCUUUCACAAUUCCCACCGAAAUUCCCGUUCGUGAGGCUGCGAAGCUGGGAAAGCGGAGAGCGUCUGCCGACCAGAAAGCUCCGCCGGAGAAGAAGAUCAUGACCGACACCAUGAUGCAAGUGGAUAACCCACAGGAGACUGUGGAGGCGAUCAAGCAUGGGGAAAUUGACGAGUCGCUGUACAGUCGGCAACUAUAUGUCCUCGGACACGAAGCCAUGAAGCGUAUGGGCUCCUCGAACGUGCUUGUCGUUGGAUUGAAGGGUCUGGGUGUCGAAAUCGCCAAGAACAUCGCCCUUGCCGGUGUCAAGUCCCUCACACUGUACGAUCCUGCUCCGGUCGCCAUCUCCGAUCUCUCCUCCCAGUUCUUCCUCCAGCCCCAGGAUGUCGGCAAGCCGCGUGCCGAGGUGACGGCCCCGAGAGUGGCUGAGCUGAACUCCUACGUCCCCGUCACGGUUCAUGAGGGCAGCAACCUCGUGGAAAACCUUGAAGGGUUGAAGCGCUAUCAGGCUGUUGUCCUCACGUUGACUUCUUUGAGGGAGCAGCUUGCAAUCGCCGACUUCUGCCACAAAAAUGGUAUCUACCUCACCAUUACGGAUACCUUCGGCCUUUUCGGGUACCUCUUCAACGACUUCGGAAAGAACUUUACUGUCGGCGAUGCCACCGGUGAAGAAGCUGUCAGUGGAAUUGUGGCAGCCAUCGACGAGAGUGGCUUGGUUUCGGCCCUGGAUGAGACCCGGCACGGACUGGAGGACGGUGAUUUCGUGACUUUCUCUGAGGUUAAAGGCAUGGAGGGUCUUAAUGACUGCGCUCCUCGCAAGAUUACCGUGAAGGGUCCCUAUACGUUCUCCAUCGGAGAUGUCUCUGGUCUUGGAACGUACGAGAGUGGCGGUAUCUUCUCGCAAGUCAAGAUGCCCAAGUUCAUGGAUUUCGCUCCUCUCAGCGAACAAAUCGCGAAGCCCGAAUUUAUGGUGUCGGACUUUGCCAAGUUCGAUCGGCCAGCGCAGCUGCACAUUGGUGUUCAAGCACUCCACAAGUUUGCAGAGACCCAUGGCGGCGACCUCCCUCGCCCUCACAAUGAUAGCGAUGCCCAGGAAGUGCUUAAGAUUGCAAACGAGCUAGCUUCGACCCUAGAAGACAAAGUAGAGCUGGACGAGAAACUCCUCAAGGAACUGAGCUACCAAGCCCGCGGUGACCUGAACCCCUUGGCCGCCUUGUUCGGUGGUAUUGCGGCGCAGGAAGUUUUGAAGGCGGUCUCCGGCAAGUUUAACCCUGUGCAUCAGUGGCUCUACUUUGACUCCUUGGAGUCCCUUCCCACCUCCAUCCCUCGAUCUGAGGAAGCUUGCAAGCCUCUCGGUACCCGCUAUGAUGGCCAGAUUGCAGUUUUUGGCAAGGAGUUCCAGGAUAAGAUCGCCAAUAUCACACAGUUCCUCGUUGGUUCGGGCGCUAUUGGGUGCGAGACCCUGAAGAACUGGGCCAUGAUGGGUCUGGGAACUGGCCCCAAGGGAAAAAUCAUCGUGACGGAUAUGGAUCAAAUCGAGAAGAGUAACCUUAACAGACAGUUUCUGUUCCGCAGCAGGGAUGUUGGGAAGCUCAAGAGUGAAUGCGCCUCCGCUGCUGUUGAGGCAAUGAACCCCGAAUUGAAGGGCAAGAUUGUCACGCUCCGGGACCGGGUCGGAGCUGACACCGAGCAUAUCUUCAACGAGGAGUUCUGGCAAGGCUUGGACGGAGUUACGAACGCUCUUGAUAACGUCGAUGCAAGAACCUACGUUGAUCGUCGUUGCGUCUUCUUUAGGAAGCCCUUGCUGGAAAGUGGAACCCUUGGUACUAAGGGCAACACUCAGGUUGUCCUUCCCCGCAUCACUGAAUCCUACUCGAGCUCCCAGGAUCCGCCCGAGAAGACUUUCCCCAUGUGCACCUUGAAGAGUUUCCCCAACCGCAUUGAGCAUACGAUCGCCUGGGCCAGAGAUCUCUUCCAGACGUACUUCGUCGGUCCCCCGGAGGCUGUCAACAUGUACCUUUCCCAGCCCAACUACAUCGAGCAGACUCUUAAGCAGGCUGGCAAUGAGAAGCAGACCCUGGAGCAUUUGCGUGACUUCCUUGUGACUGACAAACCCCUUACCUUCGAUGACUGUAUUGUUUGGGCUCGUCAGCAGUUCGAGGCCCAGUACAACAAUGCCAUCCAGCAGCUCCUCUACAACUUCCCGCGGGACUCCAAGACCUCCUCUGGGCAGCCUUUCUGGUCUGGACCUAAGCGUGCGCCUACACCUCUGAAGUUCGACAGCUCGAACCCUACUCACCUUUCGUUUAUUGUUGCCGGUGCCAACCUCCAUGCGUUCAACUAUGGCAUCAAGAACCCUGGCGCCGACAAGGGCUAUUACCGGAAGGUCGUUGACAAUAUGAUCAUUCCCGAGUUUACUCCGAAGUCGGGCGUUAAGAUCCAAGCCAACGAGAACGAUCCCGAUCCCAACGCUCAAGCUAGCGGCUCUUCCUUUGAUGAUAGUCAAGCGAUUCAGCGCCUUGUGGAGUCGCUUCCAUCCCCCAAGGAACUGGCAGGAUUCCGCUUGAGUCCCGUUGAAUUCGAGAAGGAUGACGACACGAACCACCACAUUGACUUCAUCACGGCAGCCAGCAACCUCCGUGCCGACAACUACGAUAUUCCUCAGGCCGACCGCCACAAGACCAAGUUCAUUGCGGGCAAGAUUAUCCCUGCCAUUGCCACCACCACGGCGUUGGUCACUGGGUUGGUCGCCCUGGAGCUGUUCAAGAUCAUUGACGGCAAGGACGACAUUGAGCAGUAUAAGAACGGCUUUGUGAACCUCGCACUCCCCUUCCUUGGCUUCAGUGAGCCCAUUGCCAGUCCCAAGGGCAAGUACAUGGGCAAACAGGGCGAGGUGACGAUCGAUCAAAUCUGGGACCGGUUUGAGGUGGAUGAUAUUCCCCUCCAGGACUUCCUCAAGCACUUCUCGGACCUGGGAUUAGAGAUCAGCAUGGUCAGUUCUGGCGUCAGCCUCCUGUAUGCCAGCUUCUACCCGCCGUCCAAGGUCAAGGACCGCCUUCCCCUGAAGAUGAGCAAGUUGGUGGAGCACAUCAGCAAGAAACCGGUUCCCGAGCACCAGAAGAACAUCAUCUUUGAGGUGACCGCAGAGGAUCAGACGGAGGAGGAUGUUGAGAUUCCGUACGUGAUGGGCCCCUCCUUGCCAUUGCCAUUGUCCCUCAUGUUUCCCGCUCUCCGAAGAAUCCAACCGGUCUCGCAACGUAUCUGGCAGCUCCGAACCAUUGCGACGUUCCCCCGCCCAGCCAGCUACCGAAGCUCCAUCGUCCCCGCACAACCCUUCCUCUCUCCAAAACGCACCAUGGCGACCGGCAACACCGGCAAGAUCACGGACUGGGUCAACCCCAAUGACAAGUCAGGCGAAUUCAAGCGCCAAGCAUCGGUCUUCCGCAACUGGAUCUCCAGAGAACCCGGCGCCGAAUUCCCUCCUGAGAAGGGCCGCUAUCAUCUCUACGUCUCAUAUGCCUGUCCUUGGGCCCACCGGACCCUGAUCACCCGCAAGCUGAAAGGCCUCGAAGACAUCAUCUCCUUCACAUCCGUGCACUGGCACCUAGGCGAGAAAGGCUGGCGCUUCGCAACUGCAGAAGAACAACAACCCGAUGAACAUGUCACCACCGACCCCCUCCACUCCGACUUCACGCACCUACGCGACAUCUACUUCUCCAAUGACCCCGACUACACCGGCCGCUUCACCGUCCCGGUCCUCUUUGACAAGAAGACCAACCGCAUCGUAAGCAACGAGAGCUCCGAAAUCAUCCGCAUGCUGUACUACGAAUUCGACGACCUCCUGCCGUCCACCUCCCCCUCCAAAACCCUGGACCUCUACCCCCCCACCCUCCGCUCCUCCAUCGACUCCACCAACGACUGGACCUACAACGACGUCAACAACGGCGUCUACAAAUCCGGCUUCGCCACCACCCAAGAAGCCUACGAGAAAGCCGUCACGACGCUCUUCUCCUCGCUCGACAAAAUCGAAGCCCAUCUGGCCUCGACCGCCGCUGACGGGCCGUACUACUUCGGCUCGCAGCUCACGGAGAUCGAUAUCCGGUUGUUCACUACCAUGAUUCGUUUUGAUCCUGUCUAUGUUCAGCACUUUAAGUGUAAUAUUCGGGAUAUUCGGUCCGGGUAUCCGGCUAUUCAUGCUUGGAUGAGGGGGUUGUAUUGGGAUGUCGAGGCGUUCAGGGAGACGACGAACUUUGAGCAUAUUAAGAAGCAUUAUACUAAGAGUCAUAAGCAGAUUAAUCAGUUUGGGAUUACCCCUGUUGGGCCGGUGCCGGAUGUUUUGCCCAAGGGGGAGGAGGUUAGGGUUGUUGGGGGACGGGCUUGAAUUGGAGGAUUCGAAAAUUUACUGGGCAGCUGAAGCAGUGCAAUAUGCAAUUCAUUCAAUGUGCAAUAUGUAUCUCUAUAUCCAUUUAUCAUCGCAGUAAGUGCUCGGGGGGUAUAACCCCUACAUACAUUAGGAAAAAAGAAGCAAAAAGGAAAUGAAAUGGUCC